AUGGCCGAUCAGAUUACUCUUAAUAAUGAGCCAAGUCAGGACCUGACGGCGAUCAAUGAAGUUAUGCAAAAUGGUCCUGUAUCCUUUCCAUCUGGUCAUAUCCCUGACCACAAACAUCAACAAAAGGGUUCCAACUCAGACGUGCCCCCUCCAAAGACAGACAAACCACGCCCGCAUGUGUGUACGACCUGUACAAGGUCCUUUGCGCGCCUGGAGCAUUUAAAGCGCCAUGAACGAUCCCACACGAAGGAGAAGCCUUUCGAAUGUCCAGAUUGCACAAGAUGUUUUGCACGAAGAGACCUCCUUUUGAGGCACCAGCAGAAACUCCAUAUGGCUACCACGCCCGCAUCACGCCCGCGGAACGUUAGAAGGGAAAGUAUGAGCAGCUCAACGAGAGUCCGGAAGAACUCGAUGGCUGGCGGAACAAAUACCAUGAGACCAAGAGCCAAUACUAUCAGCCACGUCGAAGGAGCAGUUGUAGGUAUGCUAGGAUCUGGAAAUUCAUCCUCCAGACCAACCCAGCCAGGCCACACCCAUCAUUCUAGUCUUGGAGGCCUCUCAACCCUUCCAAACUUUGAUUACCGUUCGGGUAUCAGUUCACUUAACGGACUCUCAAAGCUCGACACCGCAGCUUUAACUGGCGAAUUCCCUGAUGCCCUCCGAACUGCGCCGGUAUUUGGGAGCUUUGAUCUUCCAUUUGGUAUGGGUGACGCUAUGGUUGGUCAGGGAAGUACAAUCAACCCUGCACAGCUGCAUUUUGCUGGUUCGCCGCAUGGCUUUGCCGAUUCCCCUGCCUCUCCUUUCUCACAGAGCUUUUCAAACAUGACUGCUACGCAGAGUACCAUUGAAGAUGACCUUAAGUACGAAUGGCUAAAUGGCUUUGACAAUACUAUGACGUUCCCACCAAAUGACUCAGCAAUCGAUGGCUCUUCACCAUCUGCCAUGAGCACAGGAAGUCAAAGUGGUCUUAGUGAAGCGAUUCUCGACGCUUCCAACCAGGCUGGCACAACAUCUGCCGGUAGUACAGCCUGGGCCGGUACACUGCACUCCCAAGGCCAAAGCCAAUCACAACAAUAUGCUUUGGAUUUCGCCAAUCUCACCUUUCCUGAGUUUGCUGCACCUCCCGAUACUGUGUCCCCCAAAUCACUCCUUUCGCAAGGUCAUCCUUCUAAUCCGCCAUUCUCGACAUCCACUUCUCUGGCGUCAAUGAACGGACCCGUAAUUUCGGGAGCUCCUACCAGUACGUUCCAAAUUUCAUCCGUGGGUGGAACAAAUGGCCUCCAAUCUUUUGGAUCUGGCUAUGAUCAAACUUCUCAACCAGCCUACUUAAGUUCUAUCACUGAUUCGACGCGACAGGCUUUGAUGAGGACUUUACAACAACCUUCGGGUUUCAAUAAUCGUCGAUUCUCGCAACACUCCCUCAGUGCGUCGCGCAUGAGUCCUAGCCCUGGAAACAUGCUAGGAAACUCCCAGAACGCUUGCAAUUUACCCAGUACCUAUGAUCUCCAGCGAUAUAUCUCUGCAUAUGUUACCUAUUUCCAUCCACACUUACCGUUCCUACAUAUUUCCACUUUGGAUUUCACCGCUCUGGAGCAUUCAGGAAAUCCUGGGUCAGCUGGUGCUGGCAAUAUUGCUCUUGGUGGUGGAUGUCUUAUCCUUUCCAUGGCUGCAAUUGGUGCCCUCUACGAGUAUGAUUCGGCCACAUCAAAGGAGCUUUUCGAAUCUGCGAAGAAAAUGAUCCAGCUUUAUCUAGAGGAGAGACGAAGAGCAGAUAUGUCCGCUGCUAUUAACCGCUCUAGUUAUAGCCGCGAUAACUCGCUUCAUAAUACACCACUUUGGCUUGUGCAAGCGAUGUUGCUUAACGUUAUAUACGGCCAUAACUGUGACGACAAAACAGCGGUUGAUAUUGCGAGUACACACUGUGCGGCUCUUAUUAGUUUAGCGCGUGCUGCGGAAUUAACACAAUACCACCCACCAGAGAGCCUACCCGAGGAGCAGUUAGGGUAUAACUCAUCUUUCAAUGGUUUGUCGGGGCUUAACGGGGACAUGUGGAUGGGCCAGCAGGUAGAUAUUUCAAGUGAAAGGAAAGAAUGGCUUAACUGGAAAAUUGUUGAGGAGAGAAAACGAACCCUCUAUGCCAUCUUCACUCUGUCCAGCUUGUUGGUUUCUACGUACAACCACUCCCCCGCCCUCACAAAUUCGGAAAUUCGCCUUACUCUACCUUGUGAAGAACAACUAUGGGCAGCGCAGUCUCCUGAAGCUUGGAAGGCAAUGGGAGGCGCCGAGAAAACCACGAUCGAAUUCUCGACUGCUCUCAAGACACUUCUCACUGCAGGCCAGGCUUCGUCCCAAAACCAAUAUGGAUCAACUAUCCAAUCAGAUGGGUCGCUUUCUAGUGAACUGCGCCCGAGCACCUUUGGAUGUUUGGUACUAAUUCAUGCUUUGCAUAACUAUGUCUGGGAGACACGACAACUACACUUGGGAAAGCAAUGGUCAAACCAAACGGAAGCAAUGCAUGUACACAUUGAGCCCGCAAUCAGGGCUUGGCAAAGAGCUUGGAGUAGCAACCCUACGCACAGUUUAGAACGACCUAAUCCAUUUGGUGCCAGUCCCUUGUCUGCAGAUAGCAUCCCCUUGUUGGAUCUGGCUUAUGUUCGAUUAUAUGUCAACCUUGGCCGGUCCAAAGAAGCCUUUUGGCAGCGAGAUUGGAGCGGCAUGGCAGAUGAGCUUACGAAAGCAGUUCAAUCAGUGUCACUUUCCGAUAGUAACCCUGAAUCGGAAUUUUCCCUCUCAACUCAUGAUGAUGCGAUCUCCGCUCAAAUGCUAGAAUCGCUCGCAGAGUAUGGCGUAGCCGACCUCACCAUAUCUGGCUCACCAAAUGAUGACCUUUCAUUACUUGCUGCCAGCGCGCGAAAUAACAUGCAAGCUUCUAGGGGUGAACGUCUUCUUCGCAAGGCUGCAUUCUAUGCCGCUGACUCCAUGUCCAUGUCAAAUGAAUGGGGAAACACAUUUGCUGAGUUCACCUCCCGUGACCUGCCAAUCCAAAGUGCCAUUUGUCUCUUCGACUCUGCUCAAGUUUUAGCAGAAUGGGUUACCGCAGUCCAAGAACGUAUUGGCCCAUACAUCGGAAUUCUGGGUCAAGACAAUGUCAAUUUCAAUGAGGUUCCAGCUACUGUCUUAUUGGAAGACGAAGAUCGCAAUUUGUUGCAGAAGAUCCAGGAUAUCCUAGACAAUGUUGAGAAUAAAAUGGAGAACAUGAUAUCGCACAUUGGGGUUACAGGAUCAGAGUCGUGGAACCGUCUGCCCAGUUUGGUUGAUGGUGGAUAUGGAACGAAGAUUGUUCUCUCAGCUGCCUUCUUGCUAAACAACGCAGGUGUCUGGCCAGGUAAGCCCUCUUCCUCCGGCCUUACAUUCACACCAGAAAAUGACCACUAA